AUGGCAUAUUUAGGUAGUCAACAGUCUAUCCUGUUCCUCCUACUUUGUGGGUUGACUGCGGUCAUUGUCAUAUUUAACGUCAUUGCAUUAACACCUUCUAAAGAAAACACCAUAGAGUACAAUCUGAGUGGUGGUACCUACUAUGUUGGUUCAAAAAAGCUUCAAAAUGAAGUGAAUAAAGUCGAUAGUGAAGCAUUCAUGACUGACUUGUUUAAAGAACUUCAGGAAACCAAAAAGGAUGAACUUAUACAACUUAUGAAGAAGGAAAUGGAAGCUGAACUCAAACCUAUCAUUGUAUCAGAGUUAAAGGCUGAAUACAGAAGCACCCACCUUGAAGAUGUCAAGAAAGCAUUAAAGGAACAAGUCUUGAAUGAGUUCACCGACGAGUUUUAUUUAGAGAAGCGUGUUUCUUACUCUAUAUUUGAAGACUUGAAAGCUGAUUAUUUAAGAAAGAACGGCAGAAACAUUCAAAAUUAUGCAGUAUUACAAGCAUUGAAGGAUGAAGGAUUACCUGAAAUCCAGUUACCUCUUGGUUUUGAAAUCAAGUUGAAGAAUAGAAUGGAGAGAUAUGUCGACCGUCUGAAAUAUUUCAGCCAUUUGUUAGAUGACAUCUUGUUAAAGGCCAAGCCCGAAUGUGACGCGUUAACAUCCAGUGAAAGAGGAUCCAACUUGGAUCCUACCUACCAAUGGGAUUCUCGUCUUUUAAGUGAGAGUAUCCUUCGUGGAACCGAGUUAAACAUCCCUGGUCCAAAGUUUGAAGCGUUGCAAAAGGCCCAUGACCAGGUUGUGCAAAGAUUGAAAUUCUUACCUGAUCCGUUACCCGAGAUUAUCCAGGGCGAUGGUAUAGUUAUUAAUGGUGUUAGAGAAUCCAUGCGUUCUAUUCUUAUAACUGUAGCCAGUUUAAAGGAUUCUGGCUCAACUUUACCUAUCGAAGUCAUUCUUGAAACCAAUCAAGAUUAUGAUUCUGACGUUUGUGACAAGUUGUUGCCUACAUUAAACGGUAAAUGUGUUAUUUUAGAAAAGGAAGUUAAGUUGAGUCAACUGAAUUUGCUUCUGGAUCAUCAUACUCGGAAAAUUUUGGGUAUUUUGGUAAGUUCAUUCGAUAAUGUGAUUGUAAUCGAUGCCGGAAACUUGGUUCUCAAGAACAUUGAUUCCAUUUUCCAUUCUGAUCCAUUUUUAUCGGCAAAGAUGAUUCUUUGGCCCGACAGAUGGCAUAAAAUGACCAGUCCAGUUUAUUACCGUUUAGCCCGCAUACACCCGGGAGAAAUGAUUAGAAGAGACGGUAUCGCCAAUGAUCAACCAAUUGUGCGUAUACUUCCCAAGAAUAAAGGGCUGCUGGUUCAUUUCCAUGACCUUGAGAACAUACCUAAAUCAGUAAGUGUCGAUUCGGGACAAAUGGUUGUGUCUAAAAAGGAACACUGGAAGAGUUUGUUACUUGCAUUAUACUACAAUAUGCACUUGAAAGAUUUCUACCAACCAAUGUUUUAUCAAGGUGCUCCUGGGUCCGAACGUGAAACCAUCGUUCCGGCAUUACAUGUCAUGAAUGAGCGUUAUUUCCUUGAAGCACAAAAGUUCCCCACUUACAACAUUGAUAACCAUGAAACUGCAUUUGCCCAAUUGGAUCCUCGUCAAGUUGCCACAUUUUAUAAUGAUUGGAAGGAGUUCUUGGCAGAAAGAGACAUGGAUACCAGGUUGAAUCCAUACCAAGCGGGUUUCUACACUGAAACAUUGGUCAAAGAGUUUAUUGCAUCCAAGAAGAAACUCAUGAAGGAAGUUCAGGUUGACAUCGAGCCGGCAUUAUAUAGAAUGUCAGAAUAUACUCCUCCAGAGCUGUUAUUCUUGCAUCCUCACAAUCCAAGAAUCGAUGCCGUAGAGAAUUCAAAACAACUGAAUACAUACAAAAGAAGAAAUUUGGGACCAGCACCUGCCGCUGGGUCUAUUGAUUGGGAGUUGAAGUUUAACACCAUGGCCAAAUGGGUUGUAUGUAAUGCCAUCACCAGCGAUAGUUACUGGACUAAAGUUAGUGCUGAUCAAAAAGAAGUAUGUAAUAGCGUUAGUCAAUAUGUUGAAUUCUUGAAAAAGGAUACUCGAGAUCCAAAAUCGGGUGAAUUGUCCUUCGCCAAGAUGAAGUAAGAGAAUUUAUAGAUUAUUAAUAAAUGAUAUUAUA